GGAAGCAGCCAUGAGCGUGCUUAACGACGUUUCAUUUGCAUGCUCAUACGCAACUUUGAUCCUCCACGAUGAGGGGCAUCCUAUCGAAGCUGCUCGCAUCCAGAAGAUCCUUUCCGCGGCCAACGUCUCUGUCGAUGCUUCCUACCCAGCUCUCUUUGAGAAGGCGAUGGCAUCUGCCGAUCUCCCUGGAAUCUUGAAAGCUGCUGCUCAGUGCGGAGGAGGAGGAGGAGGAGGAGCUCCUGCUGCCGCCGGUGGUGCUGCGCCAGCUGCUGGUGGUGGUGCUGCCCCAGCUGGAGGAAAGAAGGCUCCCGAGCCCGAGCCCGAAGAGGAGGAGGACAUGGGAUUUUCACUUUUCGACUAAACCCUGCUGGCUUGAAACUAUCUUAGAAAUGAUUGAACAUGCAAAAAAAGAA